UGUGUGAAUGGGCUCCAGGGAGAACUAGAUCGAUAUGGCGGCUGGAGGGAGCGGUGCUAAGUCGUUUCUAGCCGAUGCCGGUUAUGGAGAGCAGGAGCUGGAUGCCAACUCGGCGCUCAUGGAGUUAGAUAAAGGAUUAAGGUCUGGCAAGCUCGGGGAGCAGUGUGAAGCCGUUGUCCGUUUUCCAAGACUGUUUCAAAAAUAUCCGUUCCCAAUCCUGAUUAAUUCUGCAUUCCUCAAGCUGGCUGAUGUCUUCAGAGUGGGCAAUAAUUUUCUCCGACUGUGUGUACUGAAAGUGACCCAGCAGAGCGAGAAGCACCUCGAGAAGAUCCUGAAUGUGGAUGAGUUUGUGAAGAGGGUCUUCUCUGUUAUACACAGCAAUGACCCCGUCGCUCGAGCGAUUACUCUCCGAAUGCUGGGCAGCAUGGCAUCCAUAAUUCCCGAUCAAAAGAACGCCCACCACAGUAUACGGCAAAGCCUGGAUUCUCACGACAAUGUGGAGGUGGAGGCCGCUAUAUUUGCUGCGUCUCAUUUUUCUGCACAGUCAAAAGAUUUUGCUGCUGGAAUCUGUAACAAAAUUGGAGAAAUGAUCCAAGGCUUGGCCACCCCAGUCGAUUUAAAGCUGAAGCUGAUUCCCAUUCUACAGCACAUGCACCAUGAUGCCAUUUUGGCUUCUAACAGCCGACAUCUUCUGCAGCAGCUUGUCACCUCGUACCCCUCUACAAAGAUGGUGAUUGUCACACUGCACACCUUCACCUUGCUCGCUGCAUCUUCCUUAGUGGACAUUCCUAAACAGAUUCAGCUGUUGCUGCAGUACCUGAAGAAUGACCCCAGGAAAGCGGUGAAGAGACUUGCUAUUCAGGAUCUGAAAUUUCUGGCCAACAAAACUCCCCACACCUGGAACAGGGACAAUAUACAGGCUUUAUGUGAAUGUGCUCUUCAGACACCAUACGACAGCCUGAAACUGGGAAUGGUCUCUGUGCUCUCUACUCUCUCCGGCAGCAUCUCUAUCAAGCAGUACUUCAAUUCUGCCCCAGGGGCCAUAUCGGGUACAGCCAGGUAUACUGACCUGAUUAAGCUGGCACAGGAGUGCAGUUAUCACAGUAAUCGCGGCAUUGCUGCUCACGGGGUGACCGUCCUCACCAAUAUUGUAGCUUCUUGUCAGGAUAUAGAUCCUUUGGCUCUGGAGAAGGAUGCUGUAUUUGGCCUUGAAUCUCUUCUUGUCCUGAGCAGUCAGGACAGCAGCGCUGGUGCACAGCAGACUUUAAAGACCGCGUUGUCCUGCAUGGUGAAGCUGGCAAAGUGCCGCCCGUAUCUGAGCCAGUCUGUAGUGGAAUCCCUCCUCACUCAGUUGCACAACGCACAGGACUCUGCCAGGAUCUGUCUGUGUCAUUGUCUGGCCUCUGUGGCCAUGCAGCUGCCGGUGCUCGGGGACGGGAUGUUGGGGGACCUGGUGGAACUGUACAAAGUCAUUGGCCGAUCGACCACAGACAAACAACAGGAGCUGUUGGUUGCUCUUGCUACCGUUAUUUUUGUGGCGAGCCAAAAAGCAUUGUCACCUGAAGUGAAGACUGUGAUAAAGCAACAGCUGGAGAAUGUCUCUAAUGGUUGGACUGUGUACAGAAUAGCCAGACAAGCCUCUCGUAUGGGGAACCAUGACAUGGCUCAGGAGCUGUAUCAGAGUCUUCUCACAAAGGUGGCUUCUGAACAUUUUUACUUUUGGCUGAACAGUCUGAAGGAAUUCUCUCUUGCCGAGCAAUGUCUGACCCAGCUACAGGAGGACGACAUUGGCCUGGCCCUGUCAGCCAUUGCUGAUUCCCUCAAAUCCUACCACAAAGGAAUAGCUUCACUUACGGCAGCCAGCACCCCUAUGAAUCCACUGAGCUUCCAGUGUGAGUUUGUAAAGCUGAGGAUUGAUCUCCUUCAAUCUUUUUCUCAACUGAUCUGCACCUGUAACAGCCUGAAGACCAGCCCUCCUCCAGCCAUCGCUGCAACGAUAGCCAUGACCUCCGGCAAUGACCUCCAGCGCUGCGGCCGCAUCUCUACGCAGAUGAAGCAGUCUAUGGAGGAUUUCAAGAACCUAGCCACACGCUAUGGAGACCUCUAUCAAUCCUCUUUUGAUGCUGAUUCUACAACACUCAGAAACCUAGAAAUACAACAGCAGAGCUGCCUUUUAAUCUCUCAUACUGUAGAAGCCUUGAUCUUGGAUCCAGACUCGUGCAGUUUCCAGGAAAGCAGUUUCAGCGGGUCUUUACAAGCUGACAGUGAGUACGAGCGCAGGAUGAUGUCUGUCUUCAACCAGGUUCUGGAGGAGGUCGAGCUACUGAGCAGAAAGCAUCAGCCGGUCUCAUACCUGCACACCUCGUGCCUGUGUAACGCAGCCAUCCGCCUCCUGAAAGUGCCUCUCUCCUUCCAGAGGUAUUUUUUCCAGAAGCUGCAGUCUACGAGCAUCAAGCUGGCCUUGUCUCCAUCACCACGAAAUCCUACAGAGCCUAUAGCUGUACAGAGCAACCAGCAGAUGGCCCUGAAGGUGGAAGGGGUGGUUCAGCACGGCUCCAAACCGGGGUUGUUCCGUAAGAUCCAGUCUGUCUGCCUCAGCGUCUCCUCCACACUGCAGAGCAAACCGGGACAAGACUAUAAAUUGCCAGCAGAAGGGGUGAGGAGUGAGAUAGAGCAGCGGGUCGAACCCCACAACGACUACUUCAGCACCCAGUUCCUGUUAAACCUGGCUGUCCUCGGAACGCACCAGAUCACCGUAGAAGCAUCUGUCGUGGACUCUAACGGCAUUCUGUGGAAGACAGGCCCUAAGACCACCAUCUUCGUAAAGUCCUUGGAAGACCCUUAUACUCAGCAAGUAAGACUGCAGCAACAGCCCCAGGUCCAGCAGCCCCCGCAGCAGCCGCCGCCGCAGCGAAACGCGUACUCGAGAUUCUAAGGAUCCGGCAGGCAGAAGGAAGGCUUUGUUCCUGCUCAAUGAAUGGAUUUCCUUUUUAUGUUUCUCACAAGUGUAGAAAAAUCUUUUUCUAUAAAAUAUCAAUGUAAUAUACCCGAG